AUGACAAUUCUCGGUUGUAUAAAUCUAGACAUUACCUUAAGAGAAGAUCAUCCUAUAAACUCUCAUGAGAAUAAGUGAAAUGCAGAUAAGUGAAACCGAUCUAAUUGCAUGAGUCUUAUGAUCAUGAAACAUGCUAUUUUAGAAGCCUUCAUGGGCACUUUGUUUGAAGAGACAAUUACAACAAAAAAUUUCUUUAAAAAACAUGAGAAAAAGUUUACUAAGAAUGAUGCAGUCGAAAGAAUGAUUUUAGCAAAACUUCUCUCUUUAAAGUAUCAAGGCAAGGAAAGUAUAAAAAAGUAUAUUCUUGAGAUGUUUCAUGUUAUAUCAAAACUAAAGGCACUAAAGUUAGAGCUAUCAAAAUAUUUGUUCAUGCACUUAGUUUUGAUUUAUUUUCCUACACAAUUUAGUCAAUUUAAGGUAAGUUAUAAUUGUCAAUAA